AUGGAUGAUUACAACGCUGAAGAUGACCCAUGUACAGAUGUCUACCAGGAAGAUGGUCUACAAGCUUCGAACAGUACUGCAGUUACAAGUGAGAAUAAUGAUGUUGAUCCAGUUGGAACUGAGGAAGAGAUUCACUUGCGUGGUAGUUCGCAGCUUCCACCUGCAAUUCCAAAUGAGCAAGAUCGUCCAUUGAUUGAACCUUCUGGGAAGACGCACUGGGUUGAAGUCCCAACAGUAGGCAAGGAUAGAACACCAGCAAGUGUUUUAACAUGUCUUCUAAAGGAUAAUCAUCCCGGUAUAGUUGACUAUAGAGGCAAAUCAGUGGCGGCAUCAAGAUGGGUUCACUACAAAGCGGCAAAGGACACAAGUGGAUGGUCGGCGGGUGAUGAAGUUGAAGCAGGUUUAUGGCUGAGGUUUAGAUAUAAACCCGAGGAUGCAGAAAAGAUAAGUAAGCAUGUUCGGCAGUGCUGCGGAGAACUCUUAUCAAGUAUAAAUUAUUAUGCCCGAAUUCAGGCCUUAUUGGAUCACUGCCGAAAUGUUGAAAAAGUAAAUAUAUGUGACAAGGUGGCUGGAAGAAGGUAUUUGACCAGGGAGCAGUAUGUAGCACAAAAGCCUAAAUGGUGUGAUGAGGAUGCUUGGAAAUUCUUUGCUGAUAAAUGGAGCAAUCCAGAAUGGGUGAAAAAAUCAGAGACGAACCGUGCUAAUCGCUACACCCCUGGAUAUAAACCACAUAGAGGAGGAUCUAAUUCUAUUGCAACAGUCUGCCAAAAGCUAUCCAAGAAAGAAGGCCGAGAAGUAUCUGCAAUUGAGGCAUGGGUAUAUACACAUAGAGGGUCGAAUACUCUAGAUCCCAAUUCCCUAAUUACGGCAGAAACCACUGCAUGCUUGGAGAGAUAUAAAAGGAAGGCUAUUGAGUUAAAUGGAGAGAGUUUUGAUUGGUUGAAUUCUCCUGUGGAUGUAAGAGCCCUUUAUGACUGCUCAUGUGGUAGGCCACAUGGUAAAUGGGCUACAUUCAAUGGGAUUAUUAACGAUAGAGAGGCUCUCAGGGAUAUUAAAAGAAAUCGUGCAUCUAACACUGCUGCUAAGCGUCAACGCCAAGAAGAGGAGGAACGUGAAAAGCAAAGGUUGAUUGAGGAUGCUCGGCGAGCUAAGGAAUAUUCACAGAACAUGUUAGAGUGGGGCAGAAGUGUGCAUCACUGCAAUACCAUCAACCAUAAAUUCAUGGAGGAUGUGGCUGCUCAUACUGGAAUGGCGUGGACUGCAGUUCCUCCUCCACCACCACCCCCGCCUCCACCUCCAACAUAUGGAGCUUCAUCUUCUCUAUCUUGUGAGAAUAAUGUGGUUGCCCCAACUGGAAUGGUAUGUGCUGCAGUUCCACCUCCACCACCACCACUUCCUCUAACAUAUGGAGCCUCAUCCUCUCCAUCUCAUAAGAAUGCUUCUUUGAAUAGACCAGUUAAUGGAGAGAAUCCUGAUGAUACACUAGCUAGGAUUGCUCAAGAAAUGUUUCGUGGCUAUGUCAAUGCAUCCGAGAGUGGUGCUGGGAAUCACUCCCCUCCUGAUGAUGAUCUGGGUCCUUUUUAAUGCCAAAAAUGAUAGAAGUGCUAUUUUGUGACUAAUGUUCCUAAGUCAUAUUAGCUAGGGAAUGGAGCUUGAUUUAUGGCUGGAUAGUUUUUGCUAUAUUUUACUAGCAGUGAUGGAUGAACAUCACUUUAAGGUUGGAUAGCUUUUGUGGAAUUUUGUUGUCAGAAGCAAAUUCUAGGAACAUUUGAACUAUGUAACUAUGGGGUGGAUGCAUAAUUACUUAUCGCUCCAUUCAGUAAGAAAAAUGAGCAAUCUUAAUUAUAUAUGUUUGAGUUUAUUCUGGUUAAUAU